AUGACUCCACUAGCUCGUUUUGCAAUGAUGGCUCGAGCGUCAUCACUGUCAAAACCCAGCCUUGUACAAACCAACUUGAUGCAAUCAUCAUACAUCAUCAAAUCAUCAUCCUUCGCAACUCUAACUCCCGAUAAUCUAUCCGCCUUGACACCUCCAUCCGCAACCACAAAGGAAGAACCUCCCAUGUUGCCAGCAACCUUAACAUUCAAAUCAGGCCAAAUCUUCCACGGCACUUCAUUCGGUAGCCCCUUGACUCGCCCCAUCACAGGUGAAGUAGUAUUCACCACAUCUCUAGUCGGAUACCCAGAGUCAAUGACUGACCCAAGUUAUCGUGGUCAAAUCCUAUGCUUUACUCAACCACUGAUUGGAAACUAUGGUGUACCAGGCUCUGUAAAAGAUCAGUUUGGUCUACUUAAAUACUUUGAGUCAGAGGGUAUUCAAGUUAAAGGUAUCUUGGUUAACGAUUACGCUACGAAAUACUCUCAUUGGAAUGCUGUCGAGUCGUUGGGUAAAUGGUGCUCUAGGUAUGGAAUUCCUGCCAUUACAGGUGUAGAUACCAGAGCCAUAGUACAUAUAUUGAGAGAUAAUGGAUCCACUUUGGGUGAAAUCCGUAUUGGUAAAAACGAAGGAGCGGCAUCAACAGGCAUCACUGUUCCUGUUUGGGAGGAUCCGAAUGUUAGGAACUUGUCAGCUGAAGUCUCGGUUAAGGAUAAAGUCGUAUUCAAUGCUGGUGGUGAUGUCAAGAUUGCUCUCAUCGAUUGUGGAGUGAAACAGAACAUCAUCCGAUGCUUGGCCAAACGAGGUGCAGAAGUCACCGUAGUACCAUGGGACUACGAUAUUACGUCUGAACCUGCCUACACUUAUGAUGGUGUCUUCAUCUCCAACGGCCCUGGUGAUCCACGAACAUUGACUAAAACCGUCGCAAACCUACAAAAACUCUUCACCACAUACUCAUCAACCAAGAACCCAAUCCCCAUCUUUGGUAUAUGCAUGGGCAACCUCAUGAUGGGUCUAGCGGCCGGCUUCCCUGUAUACAAACUCCCAUUUGGUAACCGUGGCCAUAAUCAACCAGCUACAGAUCUCUUUACUGGAAAGUGUAUAAUCACAUCCCAAAACCACGGAUAUGCAAUCAAUGUAGAGCAGCCAUCUAGUCUAUCAGCAGGUUGGAAGCCAUUCUUCAUGAAUGCUAAUGAUGGUAGCAAUGAAGGAUUGAGACAUGAAGUGUAUCCAUGGCAGAGUGUACAAUUCCACCCUGAAGCUAAGGGUGGUCCUCUAGAUUCAGAGUAUCUGUUUGAAGGGUAUUUGAAUGAAGUUCGUGCUGGCAAAUUGGCCCGUAAACCUGCAUUGGUGGCCGAGUUGGAAAAGAAGGGUGUUUCUUCGUCUGGACGAGCAGUCAAAGUAUAG